AUGGAGGAAUAUUUCGAGCUGUACGAACAAUCCGCGGACUCCUAUCGCAGUCUAUUCUGUCGACGCUGUUGCGUCUACGAUUGCGACUACCAUGGAUGCAUCGAUCAGCCGAAGCUGAAAAUCUCGGCGCAAAAUGCUGUGGCGCUGAAUCUGAAGGGCAAGGAUUCAAUGAUCAACACUGGACGCAACUGCGGGAACCACUGCUUCCUUGGGCAAAUGAGCUCGUCCAGCUCUAAUGGCUUUUCCAAGGCCAGCGCUAUCUCGGCCGCUUUUGGGUGGAACACAAAGGCGCGGGUUCUCUGUGCGCGCGUUUACUUUCUGUGCUCGGGCAACUUUUGUGAAAUGGCGAAGAUACUCGGCGAUAAAACUUGCAUGGAAGUGGCGGAGAUGUGUGCGCAUUACGAUAUCAACGAUCGCAGCCUGCCGAAAGAGAUUCGUCCUCCACCCAAGAGUCGACGCUCGAGGAAGAAGAAAAAUUCACGAAUGUCCAUUUCCCAUCUACAGAAGACCACCGGUCUCGGGCUGUGGCUGGGCUGCACAUUACCCUUUGCGAGCUUGUGCUCGCAAAACGGUGUGGUGAACUCUGUCCAAAUCAAAAUCGAGCCAUGUUCCCACGAGGGGCCCUGUGAGCCCGGUGUUUGCUCCUGUGUAGAAGAUGGAAUAUUCUGCUCAAAGCUCUGCCACUGCGUCCACGAGCACUGCAAAAUCUUCUUUCCCGGAUGCCAGUGUCAGCGUGGUCGGUGUCGUACGAAGGCGUGUCCCUGCUUCUGUGCGGGUCGUGAGUGCGAUAUCGACUUGUGCAAGUUGUGCUGCGCAGACGAAAUCGCAGCGCGCGAGAGAGGUGCACCGUAUGACGGCAAAUCGGACAACAUGAACAAAGACGAAAAGCAGCAAACGUCUUGCCAGAAUCGCAGUAUCGCGUUAUCUAAGGAGAAACAUGUGCGAAUGGGUCGCUCAAAGCUUAGCGCAGCUGGCUGGGGACUCUUUGUAGAGGAAUUUGUGGCGAAGGACGAGUUUAUCAUCGAGUAUAUUGGCGAAAUGGUGUCACAAGAAGAGGCUGAUAGACGUGGAGCUGUCUACGACAAGGUCGACCGCAGUUAUCUGUUCAAUCUGGACACCAAGACGGUUAUCGACUCAACGCGGAAGGGCAACAAGACCAGAUUUAUUAACCACUCCAAAAAUCCGAACUGUGCGUGCAAGAUAAUGAACGUCAGCAGUGAUUUCCGUAUCGGGUUAUUUGCAAUCCAUGACAUUCAGCCACACACGGAGGUACGCCGCAUUACUGUAUGGGUCUAUUUCUGCAUCUGA